UUUUCUAGUGGUGAUCUUUUGGGUAGGGAGGGGUUUUUUUGUAUUUGAUAUUUUGAGAAGGUGAUCUUUUGGGUGUUAGCAUUUAUGUUUAAAAAUUUUUUUUUAACAUUCCAAGUUCUUUAAAUUACGAAAAAAAUUUUUUCAGCAAAAUACUGAAUUAUUCAACGUCGAAAACACCAAAACCAAAGACCAACAAGGUGACGCGUUAAUGUUACUCAAAGGCUUCUUGGAAUCUGUUGCUGAAAAUAAUGAUGGUGGGCAGCAAAAACAAUUUUGUGAGGAGGAAAGAGGGGAGGAGGAAAUGAAAGAAGAGGUGAAUGAGGAGGUGACUGAAGAGGUAGAGGACGGAAAAUUACAAGAAGAAGAACAGCCAACCACUUCUAGCAAUAUUUUAGUUGCUAGUGGAGAAGAGGAACAACAGCAGCAGGCAACUGACGAGCUUGAUUUCUUCGCUCCCCUCAAAUCCCUGCUACUUUCUUCAACGUUAGAUUCAGCCCAAGGAAGUGGCACCUCCACACCUUCACGUGCUGCAGUUGUGGAUUCCAAAGCUAUAAGAAAAGCUCAUUGUCAAGUAUGCGAUUUGGAUAUUUGUUCUACAGCACGUCAACGGCAUGUAUAUAUGGUGCAUUUGAAGAAGAAGGACCUAUUUAAAUGCAGACUUUGUGAAUAUACAAAUUCAAAUUCAUUAUGGGAAGUUCAGAAGCACACACGGAUGCAGCAUUCCUCCGAUAUAAGGCCUAUCAGUCAGGAAGAGAAGCACAAAUUGGAAAUACAGAUGUGGGGUCAUCUUUGCUUUCCCGAAUGGAAACAAAAGCCUCAAAAACGAAAAUAUCAAACAGAGGAAGAAUUAACUGAGGUAAAGGAGGAAGCCAAGAAUGAAGAAGUGUUUCAAAAACGAAAAAUGAAAAAAGAGGAGAAAUUGGAAGAGCCUGAGGAAGACAAGGAAGAAGAAGAUGAUGGAGGGAGAGCAUCCACAACAACAACAAGUGCUGGGGGAGGGGAUGGAGAAGGAAGCAGUAAUGAUGUAAAUGAUCGUUUGUGUCAUCUUUGCAUGGAGGAAUCAAAAUAUCCUGGCAGACACAUUGCUCAACGCCAUUUAAAUCAACCUCUCUAUGAAUGCCCUGUUUGUUUUAAAUUUGGAAGUUAUGAAAGUUGUACUGUUGUAAAGCACAUUAAAAAAGUACACCCAGAAGCUUCGGAUUUCACACCAAUAAGUAAUUUGGAAAAAUAUGCUGAUCAGAUUCGUGAUUUACAGGCUCGUUGUUUUCCCAACAGACAAAUGAAGUUAGUUCGCCCUCUAAACGCUGUAGGAAAAAGCCGGCCACGUGAACGGCAUCAUUGUGGAAUGUGUGGGGCCGAUGUAGCUCAAUCCGAUAGGCAAAGACAUGUUUACCACAAACAUUUGAGGAAGGGAAAGAUUUUUGAAUGCCCUCUAUGCGAGUUCUCUUCAAAUUAUGACAUACAUAGAGUCAAAUGGCAUAUAAAAUGGGACCACAAAGAUUUUGUAGCCAACAAUAACGGUUCUUCCCCCCUCGAACCAAUAUCACACGAAGCACGUUUUCGAGAUGAAAUUGAUGCAACAAAUGAAAAAUGUUUUCCUGGUUGGCAGCGUAAAAGGCACAUUUCUUCUCCAGAAAGUGAAGAUUUUAAAGAAGAAAAGGGAGGAAAUGAGGAAAAAAUUGAGGGGGAGGAAGCGACAGACUUUGAAUUAAUGCAGAAAGCAUUGAAAACUAUGGCUGAACUUUUUCAACAACAAAAAGGGCAGGAAAGUAAAGGAGGAGGAGGAGGAAAUAAUUUGAUUCCGGAAUCUUCUAAUGCUUUGGAUUGGACUUGUAGGGUAACGAAAAAAAUUUUUUUUGAAUUAAUUAUAAAUGAUUAA